GCGCGUCGUCUUUUGCAUAGUGACCACAACUACUCUACCUGGUUUUGAGGAUUCUACACAAGCUGCACAGCGGUUGCUCCCCAAACUUGCCUCAUUAUAACUCCAUGCCCGAAACGUCGUAUGCUCAAGCGUCUCAAAAGUUCAGGAUUUAUCUAGACCGAACAGGGCAGAUAUAUCAUCCGGGAGACUCUGUUACUGGCAAAGUUGUACUCCAUAGCCCUGAAGAUGAAGAAGUUGUCAAUGUCAAUAUCACAUUCUCUGGCAGGAGCAAGACCAAGCAUAGCAUACGCUCCGGCCAGUUGACAACAAUAUUUCGGGACAGAGCCCCCUUGUUCUCCAUCUCUCAGGUUCUCUUUCCUAAUCAAUACAAACUACGCAGGGACACCGUUUACGAAUGGCCGUUUUCCUUCGUAUUUCCGGAAUGGACCAUGAUCGACCGGACCACAGAAUACGAAACCGGCGCGAGUGCACCCUUCGACUUCCUUACCGGGCCUCACCCCCUGCCGCCAACCUAUAAUAUGGGCAUCAAACACAGUUACGGAUAUGUACAAUACAGUCUCGAAGCCUCGGUUGGCCGCCAGCACAAACCCCUUACGGCCACCGAGGAUUUGACUUUUUCGCCCCCGUUUGAUCCAUCUGCACUGGACGACAGUAUGACCAGAAACGAAGUCACGCUCAAGCAUGCGACCUCACGCCUCGCGCACGAAGAUCGCUCACGCACUUUCAAGGAACUCCUGCGAGACGGCCUCUCUUCUUCCAUGGGUCUUUCAAUCCCUACCGCCAUCUUCCACAUCCACAUAUCGCUUCCAAAAGUUGUUGUCCUCGGUGAUUCCCUGCCAGUUCUACUCAUCCUUUAUUAUGAUCCCGAAUCGACAACCGAGUCGACUCCAAAUAUCACUAUUCGUAUUACCUCGCUCCACCUUAAUACCCUCUCCGUCGUUCGAGGGACGCACGAGAGCGUCUUCGGCGCGAAAACUGAUAAAACUCGGGCAACAAGCAAUACCUUCGUCCUCAAGAGCUAUUGGGCUCAUUCGCCGACGACUUCCUCCUCAGAAGAUAUACAUAUACAUCCCGAGAUACCGCUCGAGCUUCGUGCGCAUUGGCCAGACGAAGGCGUCAUCUACCCUGAUUUCAAGUGUUUCUCACUCUCCAACACCCACACCUUACAAGCUACUGUCACAGUCACCGUCGCCACCAAACAAUUCAUUCACGAGUUUCCCGCUACCAACAUCAACGUUCUCCCACCACGUCCACAGGACGAGAACAGCAUCGCGGCCCAGAUCCAGGCCGCUUCAGCGCUGGAGAGCUUGACGCCGCUGGUUCCUCCGGCCGGCAUGAGUGGUCACAGCCCUUCGAGUCCGACGUCGAGUCAUAGUCGGACCUCAUCGAGUCCAUGGAAGAUGUCGCGGACAGACUCCGACGAAGGGACGAGGUUUCCUGCGGAGGAGACGAUCCAGACGGACAGGGGAUUGAUGCUGAGAUAUGGGCCUCCGACCGGAAUUGCUGCUGAGCCGGUUCUUUCGAGCACUUCUCCGCUCGUUCCAGUGCGGAAACUCGCUUCGGAGUCAUGAAGAAUUUGGUUCCAUACACGCCAAUUGAAUUUAGGAGGCUUGGAGGUGUCGCCUCAGUUUAUCUUAUGUGUUCCUUUAAACCUAGUUGAUUUUUGAGCGCAGCUGGACUCCUUGUAAGACCAAUAACACGCUAAGGCUGGAUCUACUGUACUACGUCGCUGAUAUGUCUCAUUGUGUUUCUUAUGUAUGAUAUACCUGAGUCGCUAUCUUUUCCUCUUCCUUGAAGUGGGUUGACGACACUCCAUGGCCUACUUACAGUAUAC